AUGGCAAAACCCAAGCUGUCCUUACAAGUCCCAGUUGAUCACACCAUUUCGAUCAACUCCACAGAAGGCACAUCCGACCCACUUCUCCACGGACAGGUUUCAUUCAACAACAUACCACAACAAUGCGAUAUUCACAUCGCUCUUGCCAGAGUUGGGCGACUGAGUUCAAAAAAAGAAACGAGGCAUGAGGCAGCAUCUACAAGCAUCCUGAGCGAGCUUGGUUUCAUGAAGGAACAGAACAGGGAACACUUCGACUACGAGACUGCAGAGAAGCUCUGUGGUUGCUUGAUAAGCCCACCGAAAGAGCUAUCUGAAUCAAAGACAGUUAAAUGUAACUUUGGAUUACAAGUUCCUUCAUACCUUCCUGCAACGACAUCGCUGCCAUCGGUCGAUAUCUCAUACGCCAUCUUUGCAACAUGCAUUCUGCCGAAUGGCAAAGUCUUGCAAACGAAACAGAACAUACACAUCGAACGCGUCGACCGCGGGAUCAUUCACCUGGAAACAUCUCGGAAAGUGUCUUUCCCAGAGACAUCCUUUGCCGUCCGAGUCAAGUUCAACACGCCCGACUUUGGCACCAAGGACGUCGCCAUCCCAACCACAUUGCAGCUCGAAGGUCUCCAGCUGCCAUCGAACGAUUCCACACGCGCCACAGAAACACGAUGGCUAGUUCCACGAGAGAUCAAGUGGGAAUUGGAAGAGACUGCCGUUAUCGUCACUGGCUUUCCAGAUGCUACAGGCCACAUCCCAAUGUCGACCGCUCAGCGUGUCCUCAAGAAAUGCAAACUCGCAUCUGGCGGAAAGAAACUCAAGCCGAAGUACCCUUUCACGCGAACCGGAGACUCGCAUGCUCACAUGGGCCCAGAUGGCACGAGCAUGGAGGUCCCAUUCACAGUAACGGCGCCCAAGAACAUUUCGCUCGGCGACAGCACCGCGCUGUCCGUAGCUGGCGGCCACGUCAUGCACACCGUACUCUCCUGUGAUACGCCCCACAUGCCUCAGAAGAGAUUCGCCGUGUAUCUGGAAUACAAACUGCACGUCUGGCUGCGCAUCGGAGAAGACGUCUUCGACCAGGCCUCCGGAGACCUGGUAAACCGGAAGAUGGACGAGAUGGCGUACACAGUUGUUUGUCCGCUUACGGCCCAGCAAUGCGCAGAUAUCACAUCGACAGAUUCUGACGAGGAACCCGCACCCAUAGUACCGCCGCUGUAUGAUGGCGUGUGGGAGCAGCCGCCACCGGGAUACAUGCCGAAUAGCUGA